GGGAGCGAGUGGGUGGGGCCGAAAGUCAAAAGAAGCGCGGUGAAAGCUAGAGGCCCGAGCUGGCACGCUGGUGGUAGACCCCCGUGCGGGACUGUGGCGGGUCCCGAUGGACAACACCGCCUGCUUGAAGUCCUUGCUCCUGACUAUCAGUCAGUAUAAAGCCGUUAAGUCGGAAGCGAACGCCACCCAGCUUUUGCGGCACUUGGAGGUAAUUUCUGGACAGAAGCUCACGCGAUUGUUUACAUCAAAUCAAAUACUACCAAGUGAAUGCUUAGGUUGCCUUGUUGAGCUACUUGAAGACCCAAACAUAAGUGCUCCACUGAUUUUAAGUAUCAUCAGUUUGCUAUCUCAGCUAGCUGUAGACAGUGAAACCAGAGACUGUCUUCAGAAUACAUACAACCUGAAUAGUGUGCUGGCAGGAGUAGUUUGUCGGAGCAGUACUUGCCACAGUGAUUCAGUGUUUUUGCAGUGCAUUCAGCUUCUUCAGAGGUUAACAUAUAACAUCAAAGUUUUGCAUUCUGGUGCCAAUAUAGAUGAAUUAAUUACAUUCCUGAUUGAUCAUAUCCAAUCUUCUGAAGAUGAGUUGACAAUGCCUUGUCUAGGAUUAUUGGCAAAUCUUUGUCGGCACAAUCUUUCUGUUCAAACGCACAUAAAGACUUUGAAUAAUGUGAAAUCUUUUUAUCGAACUCUUAUAAGUUUCCUGGCCCAUAGUAGUUUAACUGUGGUUGUGUUUGCACUUUCGAUAUUAUCCAGUUUGACAUUAAACGAAGAGGUUGGGGAAAAGCUAUUCCAUGCUCGAAACAUUCAUCAGACUUUUCAACUGAUAUUUAAUAUUCUCAUAAAUGGUGAUGGCACACUAACUAGAAAGUAUUCAGUUGAUCUACUGAUGGAUCUUCUUAAGAAUCCUAAGAUCGCUGAUUAUCUUACCAGGUAUGAACACUUUUCUUCAUGUCUUAAUCAAGUAUUAGGUCUUCUUAAUGGAAAGGAUCCUGAUUCUUCUUCAAAGGUUUUAGAAUUACUUCUUGCAUUCUGUUCAGUGACUCAGCUGCGCCACGUGCUCACACAGAUGAUAUUUGAACAACCUCCAUCUGGCAGCACCAUUGUGGGAAGCCGUUCUAAGUGUUUAGAACCUACUGUAGCUCUACUUCGUUGGUCAAGCCAACCUUUGGAUGGAUCAGAAGACUGUUCUGUUUUAGCUCUGGAGUUGUUCAAGGAAAUAUUUGAGGAUGUCAUAGAUACUGCUAACUGUUCCUCAGCUGACCGUUUUGUGACCCUUCUGCUGCCUACAAUCCUUGAUCAGCUUCAGUUCACAGAACAAAAUCUAGAUGAGGCCUUAAUGAGGAAAAAAUGUGAAAGGAUGGUCAAGGCCAUUGAAGUUUUGCUAACUCUGUGUGGAGAUGAUGCUCUAAAAAUGCAUAUUGCAAAAAUUCUGACUACUAUCAAAUGCACCACUCUGAUAGAGCAACAGUUUACAUACGGCAAGAUUGAUCUGGGGUUUGGAACAAAGGUAGCGGAUUCUGAAUUGUGCAAACUUGCUGCUGAUAUAAUUUUGAAAACUCUUGAUUUGAUGAACAAACUUAAACAGUUGGUUCCUGGUAUGGAAGUAAGCUUCUACAAAAUCCUUCAGGAUCCUCGCCUGAUUACUCCCUUGGCUUUUGCUUUAACAUCAGAUAACAGAGAACAAGUACAGUCUGGACUAGGAAUAUUAUUGGAAGCUGCUCCACUGCCAGAUUUUCCUGCAUUAGUACUUGGAGAAAGUAUAGCGGCAAACAAUGCCUAUAGACAGCAGGAGACAGAACAUAUGCCCAGAAGGAUGCCUUUGCAAUCAUUAAAUCACAAUUUUCCAACAUCAGUAAAAUGUUUAACUCCUCCACUUUUGAAAGAUAAAGUUCCUGGAUUGAACAUUGAGGAAUUAAUAGAGAAACUUCAAUCUGGAGUUGUGGUAAAGGAUCAGAUUAAUGAUGUGAGAAUAUCUGACAUAAUGGAUGUAUAUGAGAUGAAGCUAUCCACAUUAGCCUCCAAAGAAAGCAGGCUACAAGAUCUCUUGGAAGCAAAAGCUCUAGCCCUUGCACAAGCUGAUAGACUGAUUGCUCAAUAUCGCUGUCAAAGAACUCAAGCUGAGACAGAGGCACGGACACUUGCUAAUAUGUUGAGAGAAGUUGAGAGAAAAAAUGAAGAGCUUGGCAUGUUGCUGAAGUCACAGCAGGUUGAAUCAGAAAGAGCCCAGAGUGAUAUUGAGCAUCUCUUUCAACAUAAUAGGAAGUUAGAGUCUGUGGCUGAAGAACACGAAGUACUGACAAAAUCCUACAUGGAACUGCUUCAGAGGAAUGAAACUGCUGAAAAGAAGAACAAAGAUUUACAGGUCACAUGUGAUUCUCUAAAUAAACAAAUUGAGACAGUGAAAAAGUUGAAUGAGUCACUCAAGCAACAAAAUGAAAAAACUAUUGCCCAACUAAUAGAGAAAGAAGAACAGAGAAAAGAAGUACAGAACCAGCUAGUAGACAGAGAAUGUAAGCUAGCAAACCUGGAACAAAAAGUAAAAGUACAAGAAGAAAAGAUUAAAGUCUUACAAAGAGAAAGGGAAGAUAAAGAAGAAGCCAUUGGUGUCCUUAGAAAAGAAUUAAAUAGAACAGAUCAAAUAAGAAAAGAAUUGAGCAUUAAGGCUUCCUCCCUAGAAGUUCAAAAGGCUCAAUUAGAAGGUCGUUUGGAAGAGAAAGAGUCCCUGGUGAAACUUCAGCAAGAGGAGUUGAACAAACACUCUCAUAUGAUAGCAAUGAUACACAGUUUAAGUGGUGGGAAAAUAAGUCCAGAAACUGUGAAUCUCAGUAUAUAGGUAUUUUGUAUUUAUCUACUGGGAAGGUAAUUUGUGACUCCAAAACAAGAGCAAAUUAUUAUCUAUUUGUCAAUUUAGUAAAGAACCUGAUCUGAUACAUGUUUUUAUUUGGUCUUAAAGUUUUACUUCCUGUUUCUGGAUUUUAUUGCUUAAAGUUUUCUUUGGUUCUUACUUCAGAAUAUUCUUCUUAACUUCCAUUAUUGUUUUUUCUAAGAUAUUUUUCUUUUUCCUUAGUUGCUUUCCACUCUCUUCUGCUUGUUUAAUUUAUUCUCAUUUGUGAUUAGAUUUUUAAAAUCAAACAUCAGUGAAUUUAUUUUUCCUUCUACCUUCAUUGAGAUAUAAUUGACACACAGCACUGUAUGAGUUUAAGGUGUACAACAUAAUAAUUUGACUUACAUUAUGAAAUGAUGACCACAACAGGUUUAUUGAACAUCCAUCAUCUCAUACAGAAACAUUAAAGAAAUGGAAAAAAAGGUUUUUUUUCCCUUUGUAAUGAGAAUUCUUAGAAUUUAUUCCCUUAACAACUUUCAUAUAUAAGGUAAUGAAAGCAGUGUUAAUUAUCCUUAUCAUGUUGUGUAUUACAUCUCUCAUACUUUAUCUUAUAACUGGAAAUGUGUACGUUUUGAUCACCAUCAUCUGAUUCCCCCUCACCCCCACUCAGUGAAUUUAAAAUAACUUUAUUACUGCUUUGAAAACGUAGUAAGGUACAUGGUAUAAGUACUAAAUUUUUUAAACUUACAAUGAGUAUUUACAGAAAUAAUGUGUAAAAAUUAGAAAACAGCUGAUAUAUUAAGUGACUAUUGUUUGUCACAAAGAAAAUUGUAGUAACUUAGAAAAUUAUCAGUGUUUAUGGAUAGCUUUAGUUUUACUUUUUAAAAUGUUACAUGUUGGCCCACCCAUAUCAUUUUCAAUCAGUUAUGAAUUUCUUUUGAUUUAUAUACACAUAACUUGGAUUCUACCUUUGCCACAUAUUCAGAAAUUUAUUGUUAAUUUUGGUGUGAAUUUCAUUUACAAUUUCAUUGUCUUUCAUUUAUAUAGUUUUUAAUUAGGCUGUCUAAUUUUAAAGCAUAACUUAAAUAUCCUUAUUCAUGUAUUUCUUAAAUAGAAGGGAAUUUUUUAGUACUUUUCUUUUUUUUUUUUUUCCUUUUUAAUAUUUAUUGAACUCCCACCCACCCCGACAAUUUUUUAUAGCAGUUUGAGUUUCGCAGCAAAGUUGAGAGGAAGGUACAGAGAGUUCCCAUAUGCUCCCUGCACUCCCAAGGCAUAGCCCACCCCAUUAUCAACAUCUCCCACCAGAGGGGUACAAUUUUUACAGUGAUGAACCUAUACUGACACAUCAUCAUCACCCAAAGUCCAUAGUGUACAUCAGGGUCCACUCUUGGUGUUGUACAUUCUAUAGGUUUUGAUGAAAGCAUUGCACGUACUCACCAUUACAGUACCAUACAGAGUAUUUUCACUGUCCUAAAAAUCCUCUUGGAAACUCUUAUGAAUUUUCAAUCAAAUGGCAGGUGGGCCUGGAGUUAUCUGAAGGCUUGAAUGAACUGCCCUCCAAGGCAUCUCACUUGCAUGGCUGGCAGUUGAUACUGUUGGCUGGGAGCGCAGAUGCGGCUAUUGGCUGGAGCGCCUGCAUGUCCCCUCUGUAUGUGACUUGGACUUCUCAUAGCGUGGUGGUGGGCCUCCUAGUGGAAGCAUUUCAACAGUGCUUUUUUUUUUUUUUUUUUUUUAAUUGAAACUUUUUCAAUUGUACGUAAUAUAUUUUGAAGUUUUGUAAAAAACAUGUUAUUGACUUUUCAUUUGAA